AUGGACAAAGAGGAGGAUGAGGGUUUAAUCGAUGCUAGUGAUUUGGUCGGUGUUGGGGCUGGUAAUGUUGGUGUUGGUGGUGGUAAGAGGAAAAAAAUGAAAACUCCCUCCAAGAAAUCAAAGUCAGAUCCAGCGACAACUUCUAUUAAGAAAUUUAAGCCACGAGAUGAGGAGUGGGCAAAGAGAUUUUUCUGUGGUAAAAGACUAAUCUUUGGCCCUGAUGUAUCAUCUCUGUUUCUAACAUCGUUCUUGAUUGGAGCUCCUGCGUUUACGUUCUGCAUAAGGAUGCUCGUGUGGAUCAGAAAAGGCGAUCCUUUCUUCAACUAUACCGUUCUGACUUCAGCAUUUAUCCUCACCCUCUUGGUUUGUCUCCUCCUUUGA